AUGCUCAGACAGCAGCCACUCGUUCUCGGGCUCUUCAUCGUAAGCCUCUGGUCUUUCUUAUGCUACGGUAUAGACCUCUACCGCGCCGACUCCAGGUCUCCAGCCGCCAUCGAAUCUGCGGGUGGAUUCUUGCCCAAGGGUCUGUCCACCGUCGGGGCCGUCUCCGCGGACAUCAGCUUGUGGAAUCAUGUUCACGGCGCCCCGUCUGGCGCAAGCAAAGACAAUGACGGAUACGUCUCCACUACGUCUGAUCCAGGCCUGGCCGCAAGAUGGGUCACCAACUUCCUCAGGGGAAACGGAUACAUCUACCGGAUCCAUGCUGCUCCGAACAUGAUCGAUUGCGAGGCUACCCUCGGCCGCUUCAACCCGUACCCUGACGAGAAGGAGUUCGCCGCCAUUGGCGGCAUCAAGAACGCACAAAUCAUCGGCUGGACCCCUGUCAAGAACGGCGUCAAGGGAAAGGAGCAACUCAAUCCCUUUUUCAGCUCCCAUAUCUACAGCCAGAUGGGUAACGCAGGGGCACAGUAUAAGCUCGCGGCUUUCCCAGCUGGUCAUCAAGCUUGGAGCGAGGACCCGUGGAAGGCCUACAGCUCAUGCAACGCACAUCCUAAACGUUCUGCUAGAGAUCUUGGGUUGAAGCGGGCUGGUUGCGGACCGGCAAAGAGCAACCAGGCUUAUGCUCAUGAUUACCUUGGCUUUGUAAAGGCCGUUUGCUCUGAGUGUUGA